AUGGCAUCAAGUCGUAUGUCGCCCGGCGGGGCACUCCUACGAGCCUCUCGAGUCUUCGCGAUUCCCAAUCCCCUCCCCCGACCAACCGGUACCCUCUCCUCCCAAGCAACCUUCGAUUCCGAUACCGCGACGCUCCCACAUCCAAUCCAUCAAUCUAUUAGCACCCCGCCAUCCUCCCUCGCAAAAGGUGACUGGGGAUUCAAAAGACCCCUCCCUCUACGAGCCACCACCCGCACCUCCACGCCCAUCAUUCGCGUCGAAGCUAUCGAUACCUUUGAGCACGUUACCGAGUUUGGUUCCGCGGCGGACCACAGUCUCACAUUACAAAAAUGGCAGGAAAUGAAUAUUCCCAUUUCGACACCCCGACUCAGCAAAUCCGUCUCUGCGACCCGCGAUCAAAAUAUUCCUAAACAUAGAAGCGUUUUUGAUGAUAGUAUCGAUACAACGGUUAGAAACUCAAGUAUUCAGGCGGGAAUCACUGGGCAGGGAAAAGACGACACGCGCUGGAAAUUCUCAGGUCCAUGGUUGGCGGGUUUGACCGAGGGCGAAUUUCAAGAAUAUGUAGCGAAGGAGGUGGGAAGGAGAAAAUCGGAAUUCAGACAAUUUUUAAAGGAAUCGUGUGCUGCAUCUCUGACGAACGAAGCGAAAAAGAAAGCAGUUCAAAAUGAUGAAGGGUUGGGAGAUUUCAAAACCACUUCUGUAGAGGAGGUUACGGAAGAACAAUUAUCAACUUACAUCCGCCAUCUACGAUACGACAUCUCCACUCUGAACCUCCAAAUCCGCGCCUUCCUCGAUCUCGCUCCUUCUCCUGCUCCCCGAGCCCAAGACGAAACAGAGAUUUACGAUGAAUUAAUUUCUCUUCGUCGGCCCAAGGCCGUCGAGGUCGUAUCCAGCUCUCCAUAUGCCGAAUCCGGACCUCCUAAAACCCAUCCUAGUGCCGGAUUAUCUUAUUCGCGCAAUAACAGCUGGACAUACAACCAUGCGCUCUAUGGACCACAAGCCCAUGCUCCUCCUGUUGAAGCCCGUAUCGUCAUGCCCAAGAAUGCAUCGGGUGCUCCUCCAGUGCUAGGUGUAGGAGGUGUGGUUGCGGACAUCCCAUCUGGAUUUAUUCAAUUCGAUGUCAAACCUCUUGGAAGCAGUAACCCUAAAUCCCACGACCAAGUUGCCGGAUUAUUAUUUGUCGAGCCCCAGAAAUAUGGAGGUAGUAAAACGUGGGUCGAACCUAAACAUGCAUAUAUUGAUGCAAAGGGAAAGAUUGUACUUUCCGUAAUUCCAGCGGAUAAAGACGCCGUGGCAGUGAAAGAGGGAAAAGUAGAUGACAUUCCAGAACCACUCCAGAGAAAUUAUUUACCAGCGGGGAAGACGUUCACAAGACGAAAUGGUAGUGGUGAAGGAUACGGAUUGAGUGGAUUUUAG